AUGAGCGGGUGGGGCCAUUCGGAAUGCCCUUCUACUAGAGUAAGUGGCAAAGACUGGACAAAACGAGUGCUGAACAUAGCCGACAUCGUUGGCCAUACCUUGUCUGCCGACUCAGAAAAGGACCAGGGAAUUAAAGGCCAGUUUCACGCUUCUCACGCUGAGAAGCAGUUGAUUGCCUAUUUCCUCGACCGGCAUGUCUUUCUACCAGAAGAUAAGAUCCCCGACCCGCGCUUUGACGAAAAAAUCGCGCACUUAAAACGUGAAAUGGAAGAUAUGGCCUCUCAGUACCCAAUCAUUCAACAGCUCUACCGGCUUCAAGAGCAAAAAGAGCAGCUGGAAUAUGAGCUUUUCGACAAAGAUGAUCGAUUGCUUGGAGAGGAAUACGACAACGAAUUGGUCAAAUGCCUGAAAACGCAGAUUGCACGUCUCAGUGAAAUAAUUGCCUCCCUCGAAACGCGUUCUGAAGUGGAGCGGAUCAGGGCUCGAGAACGUCAGAUCCAAGUAUGUAAACAUGAAAAAGCUGUCCAUGGCCGCCUCAACCGCAUAUCGAAUAUGGCGCAAAAGGACACUUUGAGGCGGGCAGCUAAAUUGAUAAGCGCGCCUAAAUAUGAAAUUUGUACAGACUGUUUGCUGUUCAAGGACAACGUCAACCGCAUCUUCGGCCUUUCGCUCGAGCUUCAUGAGUGCACCCAGUGA